UGCAUUUUAACUUUUAAUUCAAGACGUUUGUUAGGUUUGUUUUGUUAGAUAAAUAGGAGUGUAAUAUCACUUUCCGACACCAGUUGAUCACCAAUAAACUGCACAAUGAGUGUACCGGCUUUUAUUGACCUUUCUGAAGCCGAUCAGAUUUCAGAGCUUCAACAAUAUUUCAAAAGUAAAAACAUUGAAGUGAAGGAAGAAGGGGUUUUGUUCAAUGAUGUCAAACAACUUAUUAUUUCGACUGCAGAACUAUGGAAAGACACAGAAGGAAAAGAUAUCGAAGGAGUGGUAAACAGCAUUCUUUCCUUGCUAUUUGUUAUUCCAAUCGACAAAGGAUGUGAGCUUGUGGAUCUUUUGUGUGAGCAAUUGUUAAGGGGCGCUGAAAGUGGAAAAGCACCUGUCAGUUUAAACUUAUUACAUAAUCUGUUCCAUGGUUAUCCAACAAAAACUCCAUUUCUCUGCAAAGUAUAUUCUACUUGGUUAAAACUUGCCAAAGUAAGCAGAAGCAUUCACCUCGUACCAACAAACUUGAAAGAAUUAUCUUCAUGGUUGGAGGAUUGGAAUGCAGGAGAAGAAGGUCGACAGAAUGUGCUGAGACUUUUAUACGAAGCACAAUUGAACUGUGGGAGAAACAAGGAAGCUGCUGAAACAAUGAUCACUUUACUUCAAUCUUAUACCGAGGAAAAUGCUGGAAAAGCAAGAGAAGAUGCCAUUAGGUGCAUAACGAAGGCAUUAGCCGACCCAAACACAUACUUGUUCAAUCAACUACUUACUUUAAAACCUGUCACAUUCUUAGAAGGUGAACCUUUACAUGAUCUUCUCAACAUCUUUGUGAGUGGAAACAUCAAAGAAUACAAAGAUUUCUAUGAAACAAACAAAGAAUUUAUUGAAUCUAUAGGUUUGUCCCACACAAGCAACACAAGGAAAAUGCAACUUCUAACAUUGGUCGAUAACUUCGGUUCAGCAAGAGAAAUAAGUUUUGAUGACAUCAUAGCACGACUUGACAUAUCUGAAGAUGACGUUGAAGAAUUCAUAAUUGAUGCCAUUCAAAGCAAACUUAUGAGAGGAAGGAUAGACCAUGUCAACCGUAAAGUGAUUGUCAGUCAAGCAUGCCAGCGUAUAUUUGGACGCGCUCAGUGGGAAUCCCUCGCCUCCCGUCUUGAGCAGUGGAGAGAUAAUAUCAACCGAGUUAACGGCAAACUACAAACAUUACAAGUUUAAAAUAGAUCUUAAGAAUUACGUUUUGUUAUUAUAGUGCGAAUAUUUGCGUUUUGCGUGAAAAGAAAUAAGAAUGUCUGGUGACAUAAGUAAUUAUUGGAUUAUGUCGGAUUUUUGAUGCGAAUUUAUGUGGUGUUCCAAUCAUCUUAUGCUAGAAAUAAAGAUGCAAACCCAUCUAGGAAAAAA